CCACAGCUUCCCUGUUUCUCACUUCCUGAAAUUGACAGAAAGUUUAGUCCACAUUUGUUAUGUCGUUUUCAUUCAAUUACUUAGCUAUGUUCUUGCCAAAUCAGUUUUAUUUACCAAGCGGACUCCUUGUAUGUAGUUUGCUAGAAAAAACAUUCCCAAGCAACCGGUCAAUGCAUUGGAUUUGGUGAUUUAUCCUGUAUUAUCAUUAAUCGACCUUCAAGUGAAGUGUUCGAAACACAAACGUCGUCUGUCGCAUUAACUGCCAAUUUAAAGAGAUGCCGAAUGGAAACCGUGUUUGAAAACUCCACCCUAAUAACAAGCAACGAGGGAAGAGUUUCACGAUUUUUCGGAACUGGAGAUGAAGUCGAAGCAAGUGCACACGGUAUCACGAACGGGACCGGCUUCCCUCUGCAAGGAGCGCAGCGAAACGACACCCCCACCCCCUCCUCCCCCGAGCGGCCAGGACGGGACGGGACGGCCGGGCUCUCAGUGCUAUGGGUGAAACGCUCCUCGCCCACUGUCGGAACACAUCCAGAAAACCCGGGAGUGGCGUUUAAACUCGUUUGAACUUUGAGGUGAGAUGGCAUACCCUUCUCUCAGAAACGGGCACCUGUGGAUCUGCCUCGUGGCCAUCGUCGAGCUCUAGGAGGGGGGGCGCUGCCAUGGAAACAGAAACCGCGGUGAUCGCGGAGGGCCUGCGACCGUCGGCAACGCUUACGGCAGCCUUCUUUGAGCCGGAUACGCUCGGAGGGCCCAGGGAGAACGGCGCCGCCUCCCCUCGGGGUGGCAGCCAAUCAGAAGGCAGGAACGGCCUGUCGGCUUGGGCGCUCGCCCAGGAGACGCGGGUGGGAGGCGGGGCCGUGGGUCUGCGGAGGGGGCGGGGCAAACAGCGGCUGCUGGCCUGCUCAGAUGACCCUGCAGAGCUCACCGCUGCUGCAGCUGGGCGUGAAGACUCUCCGCCGUGUCGCUCCAAAGAUCUGACCCAGGCUCCCGGGCCAAUGAUUUGCCUCGAUUGCUCUCUGGCCGUCCAGUCAGAAGGCCCGGAUAAAGACGCUAGCCUUGCUCCUGGAGCUUCUGCUCCCCAGGGGGAGUGGGCGGAGCCUGGUGCUGACGCUACCCCGCCCUCUCCUUGCGAGGGACUCUGCGGCGCUCAGACCGCGGCGGCUGCGGUGCACGAUGGCGGAGGCGAGCCGCGCGUUUUCGCCGACCCCUCGGACGGGGUUAACGGCUGCUCGGACGGGCCGGGGGGCAGGACGGCUCGGGAGGGGCCUUUUUGGGAGCUGCCCCGCAUCGUCCGCCACAAGCCCAGCUCCAUCGCCUUCUCCGACUGCGACUGCCCCCGCGGCGGCCCGCCCGGCCGCGACCCGGCGCCGCCCUUCGUCAGCGAGAGCUCGGACGGCGGGGAGUCUUCCUCGGGGAACGAGGAGGACAACGAGGACGAGAACGAGGAAGAGGAUGAUGACGAGGACGACGUGUUCACCGAGCUGCCGCAGUACCGGGAGUUCCUCAUCAGCCGGCGGCGCCGGAGCGCCUGCAGGGGCCGGCCCAAAAGGAACGGGGCGCUGAGGCGGGACGUCCCGUCCCCGGACGCCUGGAGCAGCAGCAGCAGCAGCAGCCAGGAGGCAGAGCCGGAGCCCAGGGGAGAGGAGGCAUCCCCGCUGGUGGUUCUCUCUCCCUGGUCGGACUCCAUGACCCAGCUGAUGAAGAAGCUGGACCAGCUGAACAUGGACAUAGAGGAGGCCCUGAGUGGUGGCUCCUCCCCCUCGGACACGCCCGCCGUUGCCCGGAAACAGAUGCCCGGUGUCGACCCCGGGACCCCGGACGACCCGGACCACGGAGAGGGCGGGGCGUCGGGACAGGGGAGUCAGAACGGCGGCUCCUCCUCCUCUUCCUCUUCCUCCUGCUUACGGCGCAGCCCGAGAGGGGGCGGAGCUCGGGCACGAAAGACCAAGGGCACUGCAAGGAUGAGCCAGGCUGGUGCAGAAAUCGAGGCGAAGGAGGCAUGUGAUUGGCUGCGGGCAGCAGGCUUUCCCCAGUAUUCUCAGCUCUUUGAGGAUUCUCAGUUUCCCAUUGACAUAUCUGCGGUGAAAAAGGACCAUGAUUUCCUGGACAAAGACCUCGUGGAGCCCCUUUGCCGGAGGCUCAACACCUUGAACAAGUGUGCCUCUAUGAAACUGGACGUGAACAUUCCCAAAAAGAAACAGAGCGAAGACUCCGAUGAAGACGACCCGUUCGCCAUCAGUGACAGGUGGACGUUUGAGAGGCGGAGCCGGCGCUGGUCCAGGCUGCAGGACAUCGACGGCUUCCUCGGGGGGGGCGGGGUGGUGGUGGUGGGUGGGGCCGGGGGGGCGGGGCUAAGGGCGGCGGUCAGCAGCGAGAGCGUGCUGACGGACAUGAGCGAGCCGGAGGUCUCGUCCCUGCACAGCGAGAGCAGCGGCGGCGGCGGGGGGCAGCGGGAGAGCCCGGACUCCGCCCCGUCCCCCUCGCCGUCCCCCUCCGCGCCCGACCACGCCCACCCGCGGGGGCCCGGCGACCUGGCCUUCUACGGCUCGCUGCCCGCCAAGAGCGGGCGGCACGGGCGCACGCGCGCCAAGGACUUCCUGCGGAGGAUGGAGCUGCUGCGGACGCGGGGGAACUCCUCCUCCUCCUCCUCGUGCUCGUCCGCGCGGAGCGGCCACCGGGGGGCGCUGGUGAUCAGCGCGCCGGUCCUGCGGCGGGAGCCCGAGGCGCUGAGGACGCUGCGCUGCGCCGAGAUCGUCAACGGGGGGGCGGAGCCACCCUCCACCGCCGCCGAAGCCCCGCCCUCCCACUCCAGCGGCCAAUCGGAGACCAGCGGCAGCACGGUCGGCACGCCCUGCGCCCAGGAGCGGCGGGGCCCCGCCCACAAGCGCGGCGGCGUGUACCUGGAGGACGCGGUCGGGGGCGGGGCCGUACACGUGGGGGGCGUGCCCCCGAGGCGGGGGGGCGGCGGGGGCGGCGACCCGUCCCGCCGGAGCGAGUUCCGGUCCUACGAGGACCUGGUGGUGCACGUGCCCCAGGACCACAAGCCCGGGACCUUCCCCAAGGCGCUGUCCGUGGAGAGCCUGACGCCCGGGCCCGCCGGAGGGGGCGGGGCCUCCUUCGACUGGCGGGCGAGCGCGCCGCGCCCCGCCCCCCCCGCGGCCGCCGCCUCCUCCUCCUCCUCCUCCUCCCCACGGGAGCAGCCCCGCCUCCUGGGCCAGUGCUGCCCGCGGGGCAGCCGCAUCAGCGUCUACGACAACGUGCCCGGCUCGCACCUGUACGCCAGCACGGGCGACCUGCUGGACCUGGAGAGGGCCGAGCUCUUCCCCCACCUGGACGACGUCCUGCAGCACGUCAGCGGCCUGCAGCGGGUGGUGGACCGCUGGUCCCAGAGCGUGCUGCCGGAGGGGGGCGGGGUCGGGGGCGGGGUCUGCAACGGGGGCGGGGUUUCGGGGCUGCAGUCCUCCAGUCAGAUCACCCUGGACUUCGAGGGGAACUCCGCCCUGGAGGGCAGCACCACGCCCAGCGACGGCGACCGGGACGGGGGGUCCCUCAACGACACCGACUCCACCGGGACCCGGGAGAGGCGGGACUCCGGGGUGGGGGCGUCGCUCACCAGGCCCACCCGUUUGCGUUGGCCCAGCUUCAGGAUUUCCAAUCGCCUCAGCCAAUCGGGGGCCUCCCUGCAGAUCACCAGCCAAUCAGCCGGUCAGCUGAGCCUGCUGCAGAGGUUCUCCCUGCUCCGCCUCACUGCCAUCAUGGAGAAGUACUCCAUGUCCAAUAAGCACGGCUGGACCUGGUCGGUCCCCAGGUUCAUGAAGAGGAACAAGGUGCCGGACUACAAGGACAAGAACAUUUUCGGGGUGCCCCUGAUCGUGCACGUCCAGCGCACAGGACAGCCCCUCCCCCUCAGCCUGCAGCAGGCCCUGCGGUACCUCCGGAGCCAGUGCCUGGACCAGGUGGGGCUCUUCCGGAAGUCGGGGGUGAAGUCCCGGAUCCAGGCGCUGCGGCAGAUGAACGAGAGUUCGCCGGACGACGUGGCCUACGAGGACCAGUCUGCGUACGACGUGGCCGACAUGGUGAAGCAGUUCUUCAGAGACCUGCCCGAGCCGCUGCUCACCAGCAAGCUGGGGGAGACCUUCCUGCACAUCUACCAAUACGUUCCUAAGGACCAGAGGCUGCAGGCGGUGCAGGCCGCCAUCAUGCUGAUGUCUGACGAGAACAGGGAGGUGCUGCAGACCCUGCUCUGCUUCCUGAGUGAUGUCACUUCCUCUGUGGAGGAGAACCAGAUGACGCCCAUGAACAUCGCCGUGUGCCUGGCGCCCUCGCUCUUCCACCUCAACAUCCUGAAGAAGGACAACCUGUCGCCACGGGCGAUGCAGAAGAAGUACGCCACGGGACGUCCCGAUCAGAAGGACCUGAACGAGAACCUGGCGGCUACGCAGGGCCUGGCGCACAUGAUCACCGAGUGCGACCGGCUCUUUGAGAUCCCCCACGAGAUGGUGACGCAGUCCCGGAGCUCGUACGUGGAGGCGGAGCUCCCCGUGCCCUCCCUGGAGGAGCUGUGUAAGCACCUGGAGGAGGAGGGGGGGUCGUACCACGCCCACCUGGACGGGCUGGUGCAGGGCCUGCUGAAGGAGGCGCGGGACCGGUCCAAGAGCUGGGUCGCCUGCGCCGGCACCGACGGGACAGAGGUCUCCUACAAGAAGGUGGGUGACGGGAACCCGCUGCGGCGUUGGCGGGUGGCGACGGAGGUGGAGGCCCCGCCCUCGGUGGUGCUGAACCGCGUGCUGCGUGAGCGCCACCUGUGGGACGUGGACCUGCUGCAGUGGAAGGUUCUGGAAACGCUGGACAGGCAGACGGAGGUGUACCAGUACGCCCUCGGCCACAUGCCCCCCCACCCCAGCCGCGACUUCGUGGUGCUUCGGUCGUGGAGGACAGACAUGCCGAAGGGUGCCUGUGCUCUGGUUUCGAUGUCGGUGGAGCACGAGGAAGCUCCGCCCAUGGGCGGGGUUAGGGGCGUGGUCCUGGAGUCACAGUACCUGCUGGAGCCGUGCAGCUCGGGCAAAUCCCGCCUCACACACAUCUGCAGGGCGGACCUCAAGGGCAGAACUCCUGAAUGGUACAACAAGGCCUUCGGUCACCUGUGCGCCGCAGAGGCCGCGCGGAUACGGGACUCCUUCCACCCGCUGGACACCGAGGGGCCCGAGACCAAGAUCUGAGCCAUAACCAGAACCGGAGGCCAGAACUGGAGCCAGAACCAGAGCUGGAACUGGAACCGGAACCGGAACCAGAACCUGAACCAGAACCGGACCA